AUGUUACUUCUUCUGCACUACCUCGUGGCGUACGCCCUGUUACAUUUACAGGGUGCUGCAGCACUUCCACAGGGAAUGACCCCAUCCGAAGUCUCGAGCGUAACAUCAGCUACACCCACAGGGACGUCAGUUGUAGAGAAAGAAAGGGCCUGUGACUUUAAUACGAUAAACGAUUUCUUCGUUUACGCCAACAAGAACGGUCUAAACAUCACUGUGGAGGUCCAGAAGUGCCAGAAUCUGUGCCUGCUCACAUACGGUGUCGGAAACCCUGAUCUUUCUGGGAUCGGCAUGAUGUAUGCCUAUAGCAUACAAGCCGCACUUACCCUCCUCGUCGGUCCUGUUUACCGUAUACUCUAUCUCACCCUAGCGCCAGUGAGCAGCUUCAUCCGAGACUUAAAAGAUAUCCAAACGAAUUUUUUCUCUUCAAAUGGCUUCUUCGUCGGCUCCUCCGCCCUAGCCACGCUCGCAAACCUGUCACAGAACCCAUCCACCUUUGAGAUCGCCGAGAUGCAGGCCAUGGCAUUCCUGCAGGUCAACAGCAUCCUCGUGACAUUCUUCUGCCUAGUCGUCGCGCAACCAAUGUCGCGUUGGGCCGCGCGAGUGCUACUCUAUUUUGCAGUGUUUGUCCUCGUGAUCGUCGCCCUAGGCAAGAGCCACCUGGGCAGCGACAGCAAGGCAAACUGGAGACUUGCCUCGGAUGGCUGCGCACACAGCUCAACGGAUUACAGCGUCAUCAAUCCCGUCCCAUAUCCAUCAUGGACUGUCGCUAUCUUUGCCGUCGCGGGUACGAUUGCGUUCUGGCUACAGUCUCUCAAGGAAAAGUUCCAGGCAGACAUGUUACACAAGUCGCUGUUUAGGUUAUUGAUGCUGUUUUGGGUCUUGUUGAUUGGACUCUUGACUGCGGGCAUGGUGGUCGGCCUGACGAUGAUGUGGCGACAACGAAGGCAUCUGCGAAGCUUGGCGAGAGACCAAUUUGAGGAUGAUCAGUGGGGGUUCGGGCAGAUUGCUGCCUUGGCGAUCUGGGCGCCGAUACUGGUUGAAUUGCUUUAUAUUCUGAAUGGUGAGGAGCUCUUCAUUCUUAUUGGUGACUUACUCCAACGGAAGUCCGAAAGAUGGAAUCGCUUGAAUGAGACCAUUAGCGUUUUCUUUUCUCCGAAAGCUUUGAAGGGGGACCAAGCUUCACCCAGCCCUAACCUGCAACCCCAAAUGAAGGAGCAGGGUGGAAUUGGAAGGGUAAUCGAGGUUGCUAGUAGCUAA